AAACAUGACCAGGGAUCGAAUCUCUGUUAACAUGCUUAAGGAACUCAGCUAUCUAUCAAUGGGUUUUGUUGAUGGGAAUGAGUCCUUCAGCUAUCUACCAACUAUAAUGGGUUUUGUUGACGAGAAUGAGUCAUUCGUUUCUUUAAUAAUGUUAUAUGGAAAUAUAUUUUUCAUGUUGCAUGAGACAUAAAUAUAGGGUGAGAUUAUUAGUGGAUCCUAUUUAAUUUUUUGUGUAUUGUAUGAGACAAUUUAUCUUAUUCAAAAGUAUUCCGCAAUAUUAUAAAAAUGAGUAUUUAAAAUCUCACAUUAAUUAAAGAAGUACUUUUCAAGUUUUUUGACCAUUUUGCCCCUCAUUAAUUAAUUAAUAACCAAUUUGUCCCUCCCCCAGAAGUAUCCACCAUCCUGUCCCCAUUUAGUCGAUCAAGUUGCAAUUUUAAUCGACUAAAUGGGCAAAAUUCAGAAAUCAAGAAACACGAAUUUUAGUCGACUAAAUAUUCACCUUGAUCGACUACAUGUCGAGCACAUUUAGUCGACUAAGGCCAUUAUUUAGUCGACUAAAUAUCGCGGAUCGGGAUUUUUAAAACCCCCUCAUUUCGCAAAGGGGGUUAUUUUCAAACCCUAGUCGACUAAUUUCGCUCCAAGAACUCCUCUCUUCAACCAAGUCCAAAUCUCAUCCCUUGAAGGUCCGAUUGGAGCAUCAUUGGUUCACAACUUGCGAAAUUGACAUUGUACCGUUGUUCCCAUGGCUGGGCGUAGAAGAUCGGAUAACGUGGGAAAUGAGAGACAAAAGAAGGUACGACAAGACCGUCCGUCUUCGUCAAGGCCAUAAGAUGAAGAGCUCGCUCCUGUCGACCUCCCAUUCGGAUACUUGUUCGAGCAUGACCCCGUGGUUCAUGAUUCAUUUGUCCGUGACUUUGCUAAUCGACCCAUAUGUGGGGCCAAAUCACUUGAUACAGCAUUUUUCGAAGCAGAAGGUUUUAACAUUGUGAGGUGGUUGGACGGAGCACAUCUUAGGGUUUUGGCUGAACUGUCGUGUUCAUAUUCAGAGCUGCAUGUACGGGCCUUCUACCAUAACCUCAGCUACGUACAGGGUGAGCUGGGGUCGAGGGUCUGUGGGGUGCAGAUCAUCAUGACGGCUCCGGUAUGGUUGGAGUUACUGGGGUACGACUUUGAUUCUGCGGACACUGUGGAAUAUGAUGCAAAUAGUGGCGCCACACUUCCAGGAUAUACACGAGGUGAUGCCGUGCAGAAGCAGAGAAGAGUCUGUGGGCAACACAUUGCCUAUACGGUGGGGUUGCUUACUGUGGAGUCCCGUAUACUACACUAUGUCAUCACCCACAUUCUGUUUCCGCGAGCGUUCAAUCAUUCCAGGGUGUUGGAACAUGACAUUCCCAUCAUGUGGGCUAUCCGACAUGGUACUUUAGUGAACUGGAGGCACUACAUCUGUUGGAUGAUGUAUAAGGCCAAACACAAGGGUGCACUUCCAUUUGCUUGUCUUGUUCAGAGGAUAUUGGAGUACUUUGGUGUUCCCAUGGGCAAUGUGACCUUGAAGAAGACCACAUGGUAUAAUCAUAAGUUUGGAAAGCGUCUACUGGAGCAGUGCAAGAUGACAAAGAACAUACAAACAGGAGUGUGGCAGUUCAUAGGCGGGGCUGAUGUUGAGGUUCCUGAUGUUGCUCCACUUGCAGAUAUGGUUGAGCCCGAGGUGGAGGAUGAUGAUGAGGGUGACCAGCAGGAGAUAGCUGAGCCUAAGGGUGGGUUUUCAUUGCGUGAUGUCAUGAAGGGCAUAAAUGCCACACUGAAGAAAAUAGGAAAAAUGGCGCUGAAACACAAAAAAUGGAGGAAGGGUCACAUCCAGAAAGGGAAUGAAAGGUUUAGAUAUAUACAGGGACGGUUCAAGGGUGUUGAAGAUAGGCUUGCUUGUCUAGAGCUUGGACGAGGACAGCAGCAGGUUGAGGAUGUUGCAGGGCAGGGGGCUGAUGUGUCCGACGAGGAUGACGAGGAGACAGCGUCCGAAGAGGAGGAGGAUUAGAUUUAGGGUUUAUGUUUUUUACUUUACGUUUGUAGUGUGUGUUGAUAUGUAAUUGACUUUGGUCUUCUUAUUUGACAUUUGUAGUUUAUGUGUUUUUAUGUUUAGGAGCUGAACUAUUUAAUGUUCCCAUCAUGUUGUGAACCGUUUACUUA